AGGCGGAAGUGUCUGUUCUCACCUGACAGGAAAGUCUUGUUUUGCAAAAAAUGUAAAAAUACUAAUUUAAUUGAGAUGGCUUCGGCACCGGAACGUCUCCGGUUAAAGGACAGAAUCGUAGCUAGCGUUGCCAAGUCGGUGAAAUCGAUUCAGGAAUACCAAGUAGCAUGUGGCUGUGGAGAGGAUCCUGUCUUUCUCACAAAUACUGACCGGCCCUGUCAGCGACUGACAGAGAACUUUGACCAUGUCUUCCUUCAUGGUCUGAGACAUAUUAACUAUGGUUACUGGAAAGUUGUCAAGGAGUUUACCAGAAAGGAUGCUGUCAAAGAGAUCAGUCGUCUCUGCAACAUCACGACAGACCUGGGCCGAGGAAGAGCAUGGUUGAUGAUGACAUUGAAUGAAUGUGUCCUUGAAAGUUAUAUCCGGUGUUAUCUAGACAACAAAAAACUCGUCAAGAAACACUACGUACGCGAGGCAUUUGUUCUUGAUGACCAGAGGAUGAACGUACUUCUGACCCUGACCUCGGGAUUGGAGUACGCCAUUUUCCAACUGGACUUUGAUGUGCCCUAUCUAGACCUUGGUACGUACCCACCGGGCAGCCGGUCAAGGACGAGUUCAGCCAACUCUGCUGCACAAGAUGACGAUCAUGUGUCUCUGUGUAGCAUGGACAGUGUCACCUCUUCCAGGGGCCGAAAUAUGUCGUUCACAACUGCUGUGGAAUAUACGGCUAAGAGUUUUAAUGAGAAUGACUCGCACAGUCAGAACAGUGAAGAGACAAGUCAUUCUAAAGCAGGAUCGGUGGAUUCUGGGAUAUUAGUGAGCGAUAGAGACAAUCACGUGGACACCAAAAGGUCAAGUUUCCCUAGAGGUCACGAUCGGGAACUUUCAUUGGAGGAACAUGAAGAGGAGUUGAAAGUUAUUCGUGUGUCCGCAGGUAGAAAGAAGAAAAAGUCAUCGAAAAAAGGUCAUAAAGUUCACAAAGAGGAAAUAGUCCCGAAAGAUGUGUCUGCUCCAACAUGUCCUGAUACUCCCCAGCACCAGAACUCUUGGUCGUCACGGGAACCAAGUUUGUCAGACAUUUUAGAUUUUGAUGAAAGGGAUUAUAGCAAUCUCCCGGAUCGUUCACCUGGAGAUGGAAUGGAGAGCAGUCAGGAAUCGUUCGACGCGAAUCUCUUACAUCGAGGUAACGACAAAACUAAGGUCAUGGAAAACUAUAAUAUCGCAUUUGUGGAUAUGAGUAAGGAGGAUUCUGACUAUAAUAUAUAUAAACAUACUCCAAUACAAAAUUCACAGUCUGACUAUUUUAAUGUGUAUAAAGAUUUUCAAAAUACUCGAGACGGACCCAAACACACGGGAUCUAUAGAACAGCAGGCUUUGGAUUUAGCUGGAAGUUCGAAAUCUGGUGAUAAGAAAACUGGAGUUAUGUCCCCUGUAAAUGAUUCCAUCGUGAAAAGUGAUGUAGUUGAUGAGAAAACUGAAACUAGUAUAGGUACGUUAGAGGAGGCUGUGGAAAAGUCUCAACCACAAAUGAAAGGAACCUCACAAGAUUUCGAAGCAAAAAAUAUAAUUGAGGAUGUUAGUGUACCGUUAAAGGACAAUAGUGUUAUAGAUUUGCAUCAAGAAAGUGAGAAAAACUCAGAAAUAUUGACAGGUGGUCAUGAUGAGACGUCUUCUCAUGAUAAAUCAGACAUUGUUGGGAAAAGUGCAAUGAUGUCAUCGUCGACCAAUCAGAAAUCAGCAACGUCAGAAAUGCAGGACCGUGUAAACGACAUGCUUAACCAGACAAAUCCGCAUCUCCAUCGUCGUAUGUUUGAAGAGGAGCCAGAGGACAUUGAUAUUGAGAAUGGGAAUGUUUUGGAAGAUGAAGAAGAAAUUAUGGCCGGGGAAGUCAGAUUGAACAACAAUACAAAACUUUACCUGAUGUUGGAUGUGUUUGAUGAUUCGGAUGAAGAAUUCAUUAAGGCCUUUGCCUCACGGACGGGACACACCGAAGGAGAGGCUAAGACCUUGUUCCUGUUGGUGACUAACCACGCCCUUCAUCUUCUGUCUCAGGACCAGAGUGAUCACCGAUUUGUUAAGGAUUCGUCAAUUCCCUACCAGCAACUUGACUACAUCUCGCUUAGCUUGUCCAAUCAGGUGAUCCAAAUUGUGUGUCUGAAUCGACGGAAACAGUACUGGAUUACGACAGGGAGCCAGCUUGUCACCAGGUCGAUUGUAGAUUGCCUCAGCCAGGCUAUAGACAGGGGUGAUUUUGAUGUGCCCAAGAUUUCGGUGUUGACAGAUGCCACUACACAAAAGAUUGCCCUGAAAAAGUACGCCGCCCAGGAAUGUAGGUGUGAGGUAUCUGAUGUUGAAAUCUGUUGUUACUCACUUGUUCACUGGGACGACCCAACAACUAAGGGGAAUAACUCCGACAGUGCUUACAGGGAGGGCCACCUCCUGUAUAAGAUAAACGAGGUUGGGGCCUCACUUGGCAGCACCCUCCUCAGUACUGUACAGGAUCCGUCGGCUCUUAUCUAUGGGACGUCAUGGAAACCGGCCUACGUAGUCCUCAAAGAUGGUAUGCUGUGUGUAUAUGCGAGUAAGGCUGGCAGUAAGCCCCUUCACUUUGUCCAGCUUGGGGGAGAUGAUUGUACCGGAUGUCGCCAUGCCUCAAACACUGACCGUGAUCACUGUAUCCAGAUCAUCAUGGCUAACGGCACCACCUGGCAGCUGGCUUUGGCCACAGAUAUCGAGGCUAAUGAGUGGCUACAGAGCCUGUGUCGAGCUGUAGCACAGGGACUUGAGAAUACUUCUAAAACAGUGAGUUGUCUCCCUUGUUGCCUUGUGCUGACCCCUCAGAAACUGUUAAUGUGUCAUGAGGAUAUCCAGACUAGUUUCUUCCGGACGCUGGGCAGUGCCAACUUACUGGACAUCACCAAUGUACUGACCGACCCAUCGGUCAACAGCUACUGCAUCCUGGAGUUUGAGUCACAUGAUCAAGGGGUCAGCGCUGACCAAUGGGUGCUGUACUUUAACGAUGGCCCAGAAACGGAACGCUUCAUGCAGGCCCUGUCAUCAGCCUGGUCAACUCACUAUCAGGUUGAUGUGCCUGAUAUGACUAUUACUGACGUGGCGCUUCAGAAAAGUUGUCGUGACAUGGUUUCUGGACUACGGUCAUCUCUGGAGGUCAAGCAGUGACCUUGACCCUGAAAUAUUACACCUGUCAUUUAAAUGUUUUUUGGAUGGGUUUGAAACGGCAAAACAAUUCUGGAGUUAUCUGCCCACUUGUUGUGUUCUCACUUGUUGAAAAAAAUAUUCCAAAUGAUGUCGUCUAAAAAUACCACUACAUUUGUAUAAUCAUAUUGAUAUUGUAAUUUUGAAUGAUAAUAUUGUCUAAGUUUGAUAAAAAUCUUUAUUAAAGGUUUAAGUCAAACCAGUUCUGUUUUAGAAUAUGAGAUUUCACUAACCUAUGAUGAUUUUGAUAAAACUUGUGCAAUACGUAUAAAUAUGACAGUGUUGAUAUAUUAUAUAUGUGUUAUAUUUUAUCUGCAGAAGUUACCUAGGUGACGGAAUAAAAGUCACAUGGGCCGAAUAUAUUUAAAAAGUUCAAAUCACUUCUUCUGAAGAACAAUAUGUCUUUGAGUCAUGCUAUUAGGCAAAUAAUUUCAAAUGGAAAUUUUAAACAGUAAUUCAUGAAAAUAAUGUUUUCACAGAUCAAGUGCAUGUAUAAAGGAUUUUCAUUGCAAUAUCACAGCAUUUAUUUUCAACUUGGUGCGAAAUGAUGUUUGAUAUUUUAAAACUCGAUCUGCUUUCUUCGUGUAACUACUGUGAAUUUUGUUGGAAUAUUUUGUUAUUUCCUGUGCCAAAGCUUUCUUGUGAUUUUAUAUCUGUAGUUUUAAUUGUGAUAAUUUUUUUAUGUCAUUAUGGGUUACAUGUAUAGCUAUCAUGUGUUGACAAUGUUUUAAGUAAAUAAUUGUGUAUAAUGAUAGGUAGUCAUUUUUUUGGUCUGCUGUAUUGUAACCUAAACAAGGAAAGUGAGAAUUUUGAUCAGAUUUAUUUAUUUUCAAGUGGACAAGCUGAUUUUUAUGUACCGUUUGACAUGUUAUAAUUUUACAAAUUACCUGAGAGUCUUAAUAAAUUUGCUGCUAACAUUCAUUAAGUUUAUGUUGCAAUAGGCUGGCAGGGUAUUGGUUUUUGAUAGUGAAUCGUAGAUGUUUUAUGGAAGCCAUAUUCAAUGUAUAAGGAUACAGUUUAAUGGUGUUUUGAUAUUUUCUUAGAAAUAAUCAACAUUUUCAAAAAAAAAUUAACACUUUUCUUAGUGACUGUUGUUAAACAUAUUGCAAAACAUUCCAUCUUUAUAGCAUUGUAAGUGUGUAAAAGUCACCUCACUAGUUCAGGCUGUUUUUUUUUUUUUUUUUACGUCCUGUUAACAGCCAGGGUCAUUUAAG